UCCGAGGGGCGUUGUCGUUGUCGGAGUUGGAGCCAUAAUGGCGUGUGUCCGAUGUGUGCCUGCCGGCGCCGAGUUGUUGGAUUCGGACGAGGACGGGUACAUGGACUGUGACGGCCUCGAGGACAAGAUCAUAACGGCAUAUGAAAUAAAAAACAGCUCACUGGACCAGUCAUCAGUGCUUGAACCAAAAAGCAAUGAAGCGGCAAGCGCAUUUAAAGAAGCUUUAUCAUCACAGAAUGUGUGUUUGGUUGAGCAAAUUCUGAACUCUGGUGUCGAUGUGGAGAUGCGUUUUAGUCUUGGAUGGACUCCCUUGAUGUAUGCCGCAAGCAUCGGUAACUUUGAAAUUUGUCGCUGUCUUCUUGAUAGAGGCGCUACAGCAAAUUUUGUGAAAGAUCAAUAUUCAGUGUUGAUGGCUGCCUGUGCUAGCACUGAGUCAGAAGAAAAAGUGAUGAAGUGUGUAGAAUUGCUGUUGUCCAGAAAUGCAAAUCCAAACACUGCCAGCAGAUGGUACGGGAGUCACUGGAUAGACAUCAACCCGACACGGGGAUGGCCUGUCACUGGAUCGAACUCCGUUGUCCAGCCCGACGCUGAUCUCUCUGCGCCACCAGCCGACUGUAGUCAGAUGACCCCAUUGAUGUAUGCGGCCAGACAAGGACAUACUCAAACUGUUAUACUAUUAAUGUCUCACGGAGCAGAAGUAAAUGUCCAAGAUGACAGAGGCUACACAGCACUAAUAUGGGCGUCAAGUCAAGGCCACAAAAGUACAGCACUGAAAUUAAUUGACUUCGGAGCUGAUAAGACACUGAAGACCAAAUAUGGAGAAACGGCAGCUGAAAUUGCUGAGAAAAAACAUCAUUCGCAGUUGGCAAUGUUACUCAAAGUAACUUCAAUUACAUCAUUAUCAAAAAAACUCCAGAACAUGUCUAAAGAUGAGGCAAUUUACAAAUACUUUGUAAAUAAUUCUAAUACGGAAAACAACAGUGUCAGUUUUCAUAGUUCAGUUUCAGCUUUUGGUGAAAUGGAACUAUUUCUGUCUGGGCUUGAUCUUGAACAUCUUAAGGAGUUAUUUAAGGAGAAUGAUAUAUCUUUGAGAGAUCUUAUAACAAUGGGGAAAGAAGAUCUUGAAAAGAUUGGAAUCACUUAUCCUAUUGACCAGCAGAAAAUUUUGGAUGCCGUUUAUGAAAUGCAACCAGAAGAUCAACAGGUUGCUGAAAUACCAAUGCUGAAUAAUUUUGAUUGCAGCGCUGAAGAACUUGCAGUUUUUUUAAUAAAGCUGAAGAAGCACUGCAAUCACCUGAUGGCAACAAUUCAGAAUGUGACGAAACAACUAGGAAGCAACUCAGAAUUGAGAGUACUGGAUUUGGACCCUGACAAAAAAUCAGCUUUGAUCUGUGAAGACUUGGUUAAGUGUAUUCAACAUCUGAAUAAAGAAGUGGAAAGUUUGAGGAAUCUUCUACAAAAGUUGCAGAAUAAACAGGAGAGGGCUCCCAAUCGGAUGCCACCAGUGCAAAAUAGCUUUCAUCACAAUGGAUUCUUAAAGAAGGCAGCGGUCAUCCUGUUUGGAACCGGAUUUGUUUUUCUCCUUGCGAAAGUACAUAAUAUGAGAAAUUAGUUAGAAAUUAGAUGGUGUUCUUUUUUGAAUACUUGAUUCUUGUUGACAAAGAAGUGCACUACUUGUAAUGUUCAACUGUAUGGUCUGUGUAUGUUAAGCACAAUUACAAGUUUAAAAAAGCAUCUUAGUAAUUACUACUGAAAAUGUCACCAACAGUAUGCUUACAAAUUCAAUUUUGAAUAAAACAUUUGCUGAAUUUGCAUAAUUGAUUUCAUUUCUUAGGAAUUUUUCAAUUUUUUUCCUAUGUGAACACCCACA